GUUGAUGAGAUUAAUACUUCAAAAGCAGGUCUUCCAGAAUGGCAAACCCAGUGUAGUGCAGAGUAGCUGAAACAGAAGAAAGACAGACAGCCAGGACAGCAGACAUUGGGACACCCACUUGCCUUCUAGGCUGGCUCUGUUUUCUGCCUUGAACUCUCAAGGAAGACUGCAAGAUCAUAUGUAAGGUGGUCUCUGUGACAGCAUCAGCUCCACAAGGUCAUCACCGCAAAGUUUGGGAGAUGGGAGAUCUUUUCUGUUUUCUUACUGAGUGCUUCCGGAUGUGAGUGCAUCGCAUUGACAUCUUCCUACCCUUGUUGUCAAACAAGGACAAGGCUUGAAGCCCCUCAGUCUACUUCAUCAACCGGACCUGAAUGACUGGCUAUUUCUUACCACUUGAAGUCAUAUAAACAGAAGUUAUCAAGACCACCAGGACCAAGGAAACUUCACAUGACAGAUGAGUGACCAUCCUCUGAAGGAGAUGUCUGACAGCAACAGCAGCCCUCUCUUGCCAGAGCCUCUUUCCAGCAGAUAUAAACUGUACGAGUCAGAGCUAAGCAGCCCUACCUGGCCUUCAAGCUCCCAGGAUACACACCCAGCCCUUCCCCUGCUGGAAAUGCCUGAAGAAAAGGAUCUCCGAUCAUCUGAUGAAGACAGCCACAUAGUGAAGAUUGAAAAACCCAAUGAAAGGAAUAAACGGAGAGAAAGUGAAGUGCCCCGAAGGGCUUCUGCAGGCCGGGGAGGUUUCAGCCUCUUCCAAGCUGUGAGCUAUCUCACUGGUGACAUGAAGGAAUGCAAGAAUUGGCUGAAAGAUAAGCCCCUGGUCCUCCAGUUCCUAGACUGGGUCCUACGGGGAGCAGCUCAGGUGAUGUUUGUCAACAAUCCUCUCAGUGGGCUCAUCAUCUUCAUAGGGCUCCUUAUCCAGAAUCCUUGGUGGACGAUUGCUGGGGCACUGGGAACAGUGGCCUCAACCUUGGCUGCCCUUGCCUUAAGCCAGGACAGGUCAGCCAUCGCCUCUGGACUUCAUGGCUACAACGGGAUGCUGGUGGGACUGCUGAUGGCUGUCUUCUCUGAGAAGUUAGACUACUAUUGGUGGCUUCUGUUUCCUGUGACUUUCACAUCCAUGGCCUGCCCAGUUGUUUCUAGUGCUUUGAGCACCAUCUUUGCCAAGUGGGACCUGCCAGUCUUCACACUGCCCUUCAACAUCACCUUAACACUGUACCUGGCAGCAACGGGCCACUACAACCUUUUCUUCCCCACGACGCUUGUGGAGCCUGUGUCUUCAGCUCCCAAUAUCACCUGGACAGAGAUCAAAAUGCCUUUGCUGUUACAAACCAUCCCUGUUGGGGUCGGCCAGGUCUACGGCUGUGACAACCCUUGGACAGGUGGCGUGAUCCUGGUGGCUCUGUUUAUCUCCUCCCCGCUCAUCUGUUUGCAUGCAGCCAUAGGGUCGAUCGUGGGGCUGCUAGCAGCACUGACUGUAGCCACUCCCUUUGAGACGAUCUACAUGGGCCUCUGGAGCUACAACUGUGUCCUCUCCUGUGUUGCAAUUGGAGGCAUGUUCUAUGCACUCACCUGGCAGACACACCUGCUGUCACUUGUCUGUGCCCUGUUCUGUGCAUACAUGGGAGCGGCCCUCACCAAUAUGAUGGCAGUGGUUGGCGUGCCACCAGGCACCUGGGCCUUCUGUCUCUCCACCCUUACCUUCCUCCUCCUCACAAGCAACAACCCUGGCAUCUACAAGCUUCCACUCAGCAAAGUCACCUACCCAGAGGCCAACCGCAUCUACUUCCUGACAAUGAGACGCAGUGAAGAGGAGAAGGCCCCCAAUGGUGGAAGUGGAGAGCAAUCACACAGAACAGGCCAGUGGAAGGCAGAGGAAGGCUCUGAGACGGUGCUCCCCAGGCGUAGGAGUGUGUUCCACAUCGAGUGGUCAUCCAUCCGGAGGAGGAGCAAAGUGUUUGGAAAAGGUGAACAUCAAGAGAGACAAACCAAAGAGCCACUUCCCUGCCCGUAUCGGAAGCCCACUGUGGAACUCUUUGACCUGGAUACCAUGGAGGAGAGCUCUGAGAUAAAGGUGGAAGCCAACACAACCAGAACUUCCUGGAUUCAGAGCUCCAUGGUCGCUGGAGGGAAGAGAUUCAGCAAAGCCCUCAGCUACAUCACAGGAGAGAUGAAGGAAUGUGGAGAGGGGCUAAAAGACAAAUCUCCAGUGUUCCAGUUUCUCGACUGGGUGCUCCGAGGCAUGUCUCAGGUGAUGUUUGUGAACAACCCUCUCAGCGGCACGCUCAUCGUUCUUGGCCUCUUCGUGCAGAACCCCUGGUGGGCCAUCUUGGGUUGCUUGGGCACUAUCAUGUCCACCUUGACUGCCCUCAUCCUGAGCCAGGACAAGUCAGCCAUUGCAGCAGGACUCCAUGGCUACAAUGGGGUGCUCGUGGGGCUCCUGAUGGCUGUGUUCUCAGACAAGGGCAACUACUACUGGUGGCUGCUGCUCCCUGUCAUCGUCAUGUCCAUGACUUGCCCCAUUCUUUCCAGUGCCCUGAACACCAUCUUCAGCAAGUGGGACCUCCCGGUCUUCACCCUGCCCUUCAACAUCGCCGUAACCCUGUACCUGGCAGCCACGGGCCACCACAAUCUCUUCUUUCCCACGACGCUGCUACAGCCUGCAACCACCACACCCAACAUCACCUGGUCAGAGGUCCAAGUGCCUUUGCUUCUGAGAGCCAUCCCGGUUGGAAUCGGCCAAGUGUACGGCUGUGACAAUCCCUGGACUGGAGGCAUCUUCCUGGUCGCUCUGUUCAUCUCUUCACCUCUCAUUUGCUUGCAUGCUGCCAUUGGAUCCACCAUAGGGAUGUUAGCAGCACUCAGCAUCGCCACACCGUUUGACAACAUCUACUUCGGCCUGUGUGGCUUCAACAGCACUCUGGCCUGCAUUGCCGUCGGCGGCAUGUUCUACGUCAUCACUUGGCAGACCCACCUGCUCGCCAUUGCCUGUGCCCUGUUCGCAGCCUACCUGGGUGCCGCCCUGGCCAACAUGCUGUCUGUGUUUGGAUUACCACCCUGCACCUGGCCCUUCUGCCUCUCGGCACUCACCUUCCUUCUCCUGACAACCAACAACCCUGGCAUCUACAAGCUGCCACUCAGCAAAGUCACCUACCCAGAGGCCAACCGCAUCUACUUCCUGUCCCAGGAGAAAAACAGAAGGGCAUCAACAAUAACUAAGUACCAGGCCUACGAUGUCUCCUAAGCUGCCCUUUCUAAAGCAUGUCUUGUAAAUGCAGCCUCCGGCACAUGGUCUGCACCCCAAGCUAAAGCUAAGGACACUGAACCUCCCUUCUUUCUAAUACGUGUGUGGCCGCUGGUUGGGACCCUCGAUAAGAUGUGCAGGACUCAUCAAAGCCAUGCUAGUUUAGACUAAAUACCCACUGAUGGCUCUUUGGGAACUCUCUGGGGGAACUUGCUAGUCACCCUUCUCAGUUACUUAGUGGGGCAAAGCAUGGUGCCUGGAAAUGCUCAUUAGCUUCCCGGGCAAGAGGGCCUGGUCCCUACCCUGCUCUGCCACUAACGAAUUCCAACUGUCUCAGGCCUGUCCUCUCCCUACCCAACACCCCCAUCUCAGCCUGGGCUUUUUGUUGCCAAAAUUUUCUUUAUGACAAGGAGGGACUCUAAAGUUCUUCUACCUCAGAAACAUUCUUUUCCAUCUCCUGUAAACUAAUCAACUCAGCAUGACCAGCAAAUAAUUAUUCUGACUUGAGUUACUUAUGGAAUGGUUCUCAGUGGAGAGAGGAAAAUGUUUGUGUCCUGUGGAAGUUUAUCCUUAGACACGGGAGAUGCUCUCCAGACUUGCUCUCUAGACACCUGAAUUCAUUGAAAAUGCCAAUAUACCUUCUUUGCACCAUAGAAAUACUCCCAGAAACAUCAUGUGGUAAGAAUUGAUCUUUCCCAACAUCCAAUCAUAGCGUAAACAAACAUCUUUGCUUGUGUAAUAUUCAAAAUCAAUACUGUCAUUAAACUUGAAAUUUGCAA